AUGUCCCCCAAAGUCGCUUCUGCAGUCGCACCUGCUCGUGUCCGUGGGAAGAAGCACCUGACCCUCGCGCAACGUCAUCGCAUCUACGAGCUGAUCCUGGAGAUAUGCGUUCAAGGCCAGCUACCCCGUGGCGCCAUGCUAUAUGUAGCACAACAGUUUCAGUGUGAUUCGCGGACCAUCUCCCGUAUCUGGAGCCGUGGCCGUGCAUCCUCACGCAAUGGCAGGGGUGUUGCCGAUAUCGCGUCGAAAAUUGCAGAAACUCUGGUCGCAAAAGAACGCGUUCUGCGGACGAGAUUGAAGCCGCAAUUCGCCAAGUCCCCCAAGAAUCGCGGCAAACGAUGCGGGCACUGGCGUUCAAGUCUGGUAUCCCUCGUCGCACGAUUGGACACCAUAUGCAAGAGACUGGACGUUUGA